AUGAGAGCUGUUACUCUUGCCGCUGCUGGUGCAGCCGUUAUCGGAUCGGUUUCUGCCUCGAGCCAUGUCGAGAACAUGCACGCUCAAUUGCACAACAAGGUCGCCCGCGACACCUGGCUCGACUGGAAUUCGACCAGUGUCGACCCCGUUGACGGCGGGAAAACCACCUCUACCACUGGUUGGGGCUCCAAGCCCGUCGGCCCUGCUACCACUUCAACAUCCACUUCCACCACCAAGAACGGCGGAUGGGGUACCAAGCCAGUUGAUCCUGCUACCACCACUUCAACCAAGGCACCAGCAAAGACAACCUCUAGCAGCACCACUGAUGAAGAGAACUGGGAGGACUGGACCUCGUCCUCCAGCACCACCACCAGCAAGAAGCCCGUCGACCCGGCGACUACUUCCAGCUCAUCUGGCGACUGGAUCGACUGGGAGUCUAGCAGCACCACUUCCAGCAAGCCAGUUGAUCCCGCAACCAAGUCCAGCACCGCGGACCACACUUGGGCCGACUGGGAGUCCUCCACCAGCUCCAAGCCAGUGGCCCCUGCUACCUCCAAGACCGUUGAUCCCGAUCAUACGUGGGUCGACUGGGUUGAACCAACCACCACUGUGACUUUGAAAUCGACUGUGACCGACACCAAGUAUGUUGAGCCCGUCACCAGCACCUGGGCCGAUUGGGAGUCUACGGCCGCUGUGAGCAGCAAGCCAGUGGCCCACGUGACCACUGUUGUGACCUCGACCAUUGUUCCUGGCUGGUCUGCCUCUGGAUGGUUCGGCCCAUCAUGGGCUGUUGAGCCUGGCUCAUGUGCCGUCUCUGUCAUCACUUCUUAUGGUCUGCCAACUUGGCGCCCAGUUGCUGACGCAACCACCACCACCGUCUCAUCCACCACCGAGACAUGGGGUGACUGGACUUCUUCAAGCACCACCCCUGCUGUGGCCGCUACGACAAGCACCACCAGCAGCGAGACAUGGGGCGACUGGACCACCAGCUCCUCAGUUGCUCCCGUGGCUGUGACCAGCUCAAGCACUUGGGCUGACUGGACUCUGUCCUCUUCGACCAGUGCUGCAGCAACUACCACAACCACUCCCGGUGGUGCUGGCGGCUGGGGAGUUCCCAGCUCAUCUGCAGCCGUCUCUUCCUCGUCAUCCACUGGAUCAUGGCCCAAGCCAAGCGGAAGUGGUGGAAGCGGCGGUGGCUACCCUGGUAUCACGCCCAACGGUGACUCGUGGGGUCUGACUUACUCUCCAUAUACCGCUAAGGGUGGCUGCAAGGAUGCAGGCACUGUUGCCAAGGAUCUCGCCAUUAUUGCUGCCAAGGGUUUCACCACUGUCCGUGUCUACAGCACUGAUUGCGGCACCCUCGAGAACAUUGGCAAGUCUGCCCGUGACAACGGACUCAAGCUCAUCCUCGGUGUCUGGGUCUCCUCUACUGGAAUCGGUGCUGCCAAGGGUCAAGUGGACGACAUUGUUGCAUGGGGACAGUGGGAUCUUGUUGAGUUGAUUGUCGUUGGUAACGAGGUUAUCUUCAACAACAUUGCAUCUGCCUCUGACCUUGCUGGUUUUAUCUCCAGCAGCACAUGGGCAUUCAAGUCUGCUGGCUACACUGGUCCAGUCACUACCACCGAACCCCUCUCCGUCUGGGAGGAUAGCAAGAACGCUGCUGCUCUUGGCGCUGUCAUCGACGUUGUUGGUGCCAACUUGUAUGCUUUCUUCAACGCCCAGAUCUCCGCAGACAAGGCAGGCAAGUUCAUUCAAGAUCAAAUCAACAUCCUCAACGGACUCUUCUCUGGAAAGCCCAUCUACGUUUUGGAAUCUGGAUGGCCUCACGGAGGUAACGCCAACGGUGCUGCCGUGCCCAGCCCUGAAAACCAGGCAAUUGCUCUCAAGGGCAUCCAAGCCGCUGUUGGUGCUCAAGUCGUCUUCUUGAGCUACGAGGAUGAGCCAUGGAAGGAGCCUGGUCAGUUCGGUGUCGAGCAAUUCUGGGGUUGCGCAGGUGUUUUCUAA